AUGAAAAACAUUGUUAUAAAAAUUGAUGAUGAAGAAUUCAAUCAAAAGCUUAAUGUUGACCUAAAAUUAUCAAAAGUUCGUAUAUUUAUCUUGGGAAAUGAAGAAAUUCGAAGUUAUAUUGAUUACCCUGAAAAUACUUUAAUUUUUCAACAUAAUGGUAAUGAUAUUAAUAUAGAUAUAAAUAGAGAAAACAGAGCCUUAUCAAAGAUUCUUGUUGGUAAUGAAUUAUUUAUUAAAACAUUCAAAAAUAAUGAACCUACUGGUGUUUCAUUUCAAAUUGGAGAAGAAAGGCUUUAUGAGGAGUUGCCUUUAAAUAUGAAAUUGGAUGAAGUUAGAUCAUUUAUUUUAAAAGAACGUUUAGGUUAUGAUAAUUAUUUAUUUAAAAAUUCAAUUUAUGGUGAAAUAGGGGUAGAUAAAGAAUAUAAAUAUACUUUAAUUAAAAUAAUUAAUAAAAAUGAUGAAAAUAUUAAUUUGAUAAAUUUAAGCAAAAAAAACAAACCUGAUUUGCCAAAGUUAAUUGGAUCUUGUGAGUAUGGAUUUAGUAUGACAAAAGAUGAGGGAACUAAAAAGGCUCCUAGAAAAGCAAUUACAAUUAAGGAUCCCAAAUUUGAAGAAUAUGAUAAAAUAGAAAGAAUGGGGUUUGUUAAAGAAUGUAAAAAUGAGCAGCAAAAUUUAUCUGAACGUAACAUAGUUUUAGUUGGCAAUUUAUUAUUACCAUGGCUAUCAUCUUGUAUUGGUUUAAAAAGUUCAUUUGAAUUUGAAAAGAAAUUGGACACAGCUAUUUCAUACUCAAUUGAAAAAUCAGAAUAUGCAUCAAUUGAAUUUACAAAAUCAAAUUAUUAUUUAACCCCUGAAUUUGAAAAUGAUGUUAAAUCUGCAGUUGAUCCGAAAUUAUCAUUAGAAGAAAAACAUGAGAAACUUGAGAAAAUUAUUGAAAAUUAUGGUCAAUUUAUAUCUGAAAAAAUUAUUUUUGGUGGUAAAAUUGUAAAACAACUUACAAGUGAAGCAAAUCAAGCUGGAAGGUUAUCUUCAAAUACACAGAAUGUUGAAUUAAAUAUAAAUCCUCCAGGAAUUUUUGGUGCUGGUGCAUCUUUAGGUAAAACAAAAUCAGUAAAUGAUAUUACAAGAUCAAGUAAAACUAUAUCAUAUCAACGUACAAUAGGAGGAAAUGGAGCUCUUUUAGAUGAUUGGUAUGAAUCUCUUCGCAAUCCUGAUAAGUGGGAUAUAAUUGAAUAUAAAGAUGUUAUACCUAUAUUUGAAAUAUUAUCAGAUAAUCUAAAAAACCAAGUAUUAAAAACAUUUGGCCAAAAAAUACUUGAUGGUAUAAUUGAAUUUAUUGGGAAAAAAAGUCCUGUAAUUGUAAUUCACAAAAUUAAUGAAAAGAAGUCAAAAGAUAAACAUAACUUAAAGAUUAGUUAUAUAAUUGUUGGAUAUGGUUUUAGAUUUAAACCUGGGUUAGAUAUUAGAUUUAUUGGUGAAGAAAAGCAAAUUAAACAUUAUAAUAAUAGAUUUAUUGCAGAAAUUGAAAGACCAACAAAUGAAAGAUCAAUAAUUGGAUCUUGUGUGAUUAAAUCAUAUCAGAAACCAAGACCAACUAAUCCAGAGGAUUCAAAAAUUAUCAGUUUACAUUUUCUUCGAACAGAUAAAAAAGUCUGUAUUCACAGUUAUGACCUUAACACCAAAAAAAUAAUUGAACCCUCCUUAGAUGAUUGUUAUAUUCAUUAUAGUACAAUUGAAUCUUCAGGAUCUGAUGAACCUUAUGGUAAAACAAAGCUUACUUUUAACAAUGAUAGAAAUUUUUUUAACAAUGAUAAAAACUCUCUGUGGAUAAAAUAUGACAACUGUACACAAAAUCAGUCAAUUUUUAUGAACCUACUAUUUGAUUGUAAUGAUCAACCGGUACUAAAACCAGUAGUAAAUGUAGUAUUUAAACCUAAUGUUAUAUUUUCAGCACCUUGUAAAAAAAAUUGUAUUUCAAAUAAUGAUCAUUUGAGCUUUUUAAAAUUACCAAUUGAUAACGAAAGUAAUGUUUUAUUAUGA